ACUAGGCGUGGGCUCAGGGCGGCUACGUGAUGACGUCGAUCAGUGGGCGGGGUUUCCCGUCUCGGUGAUGGCGGCUCCGGCCGGGUUAAGCAGCUGAUGAGACGAGGAGGAGCCGCCGGGCACAAGAUCAGGAGGAGGCCCCAACUCCCGGGAGAGGGUCCCAGGCUCCGUGUCCAGACCCAGCAACGAUUCUAAGGACAGAAGCCGCGUUUUCCCGUCUGAGAGCGCACAGUGAUGGCGGCCACAUGAGUACAUACAUUGGGAGACACUCUGGAUUUAUGUCACUUAUUAUAUUAUAAUAGAUCCCUCUGCAUUCCCCCGGGAUGUGCUGAAUGAUGACACACAGAACUAGCAGGACCUGUGGUGUCGUUCUCGCUUGGGUUAGGAAAUCCCAUUUGUCCUAAUGUAACGGAGGAAUAAGGAUCCUGACUGGUUGUAUAUAUUUCCCUGGCGCCUGGAUAAUCGUCUAGCCUCGCACUGUCCUAGAAGGAUCCUAGUAGCCCAAACAACGCAUCUGGUAGCCACUCUAAUCUGCACGUGCUAUAUCGCCUCUGAUGAGGAUUGAGCGGAUCUCUGAGGAAUCUUAUACGGGGUCUUUGUCUUACCCGGCUCCUGGUGAUCUCUCACUAUAGCAGUCUAGUUGUUUAUGUAACGCGCUGCCUGGGGGAAGCUGAUGGAGUGACAGGAAUUGGAUAACAGGACUCGGCUGGUGUUUGCGUGAAGCAUUCUGAAGAUGGCCGGAGCCUCUGUGAAGGUCGCUGUCCGUGUCCGGCCGUUUAACUCCCGAGAAACUUCCCAUGAUGCUAAAUGUGUGAUUCAGAUGCAAGGGAACACUAAAUGUAUAUCAAACCCUAAGCAGCCCAAAGAUGCGCCAAAGAACUUCACCUUUGAUUACUCGUACUGGUCGCACACUACGACGGAAGACCCAGACUUUGCGUCCCAGCGGCAGGUGUACAAGGACAUCGGGGAGGAGAUGCUCCUGCAUGCCUUUGAGGGAUAUAAUGUUUGCAUUUUUGCCUAUGGACAAACUGGGGCUGGAAAAUCUUAUACCAUGAUGGGGAAGCCGGAGGCAGAGCAACAUGGGAUCAUCCCUCAGCUCUGCGAGGAUUUGUUUGCCCGAGUCAGUGAUAAUCGGAGUCCAGACUUAUCUUACUCUGUGGAGGUCAGCUACAUGGAAAUCUACUGUGAGAGAGUGCGUGACCUGCUGAGCCCCAAAAGUAAAGGCAACCUGCGGGUGAGGGAGCACCCUAUCAUGGGGCCGUACGUGGAGGACUUGUCCAAACUAGCUGUGACCUCGUAUCAUGACAUCGCUGACCUCAUGGACUGUGGGAACAGGGCCAGGACGGUCGCUGCCACGAACAUGAACGAGACCAGCAGCCGCUCACAUGCCGUCUUCACCAUCGUCUUCACCCAGAAGAGACACGAUGAGAUGACCAACCUGGACACUGAGAAGGUCAGUAAGAUAAGUCUGGUGGAUUUAGCUGGAAGUGAAAGAGCAGAUUCCUCUGGUGCAAAAGGAACUCGUCUAAAGGAAGGGGCAAAUAUCAACAAGUCGCUGACUACGCUGGGAAAGGUCAUCUCCGCGCUGGCUGAAAUGCAAUCCAAGAAGAAAAAAUCGGACUUCAUUCCGUACCGGGACUCUGCUCUUACCUGGCUCCUGAAGGAGAAUUUAGGCGGGAACUCGCGCACCGCCAUGAUCGCAGCGCUCAGCCCAGCCGACAUGAACUACGAGGAGACGCUAAGCACACUCCGGUACGCUGACCGUGCGAAGCAGAUAAAGUGUAACGCUGUCAUUAACGAGGAUCCCAACGCUAGAUUAAUCCGAGAACUGAAAGAGGAAGUGGCCAGACUGAGGCAGCUCCUGUACAGCCAGGGCCUGGCAGACCUUGCUUUAGAUGACUGCAUAUCUGUGCCCAAUUCCCUUCCACCAUCUUCUGUGCCCGUCUCCCAACCACCUGAGCCGGGAUCCCCUCCUCCUCCUCUGUCCCCUCCCAUCAUGAAUGGCCAGUCAGAGCCCUUCCCCGAGGAUGCAGAUGAGACUGAGAUCUGUACAGAGGAAGCCAUGGAGAGGCUCCAGGAGACGGAGAAAAUCAUUGCAGAGCUCAACGAGACCUGGGAGGAGAAGCUGCGGAAGACGGAGACCAUCAGGAUGGAGAGGGAAUCUCUGCUGGCAGAAAUGGGUGUUGCUGUACGAGAAGACGGAGGAACGGUGGGAGUCUUUUCACCCAAAAAGAUCCCUCAUCUGGUCAAUCUAAAUGAAGAUCCGCUCAUGUCGGAGUGUCUCCUGUAUCACAUAAAGGAGGGCGUGACGAGGGUUGGUCAGGUGGACGUCGACAUAAAGCUAACGGGACAGUUCAUCAGGGAACAGCACUGCUUAUUUCACUGCAACACCAACGCUAACGGAGAAGUGAUUGUCACCUUGGAGUCUUGCGAGGGGGCAGAGACCUAUGUCAACGGGAAGCAAGUUACCGACCUCUUGGUUUUAAAAUCAGGUAACAGAAUCGUUAUGGGAAAGAACCACGUUUUCCGCUUCAAUCACCCUGAGCAGGCGCGCCUGGAGCGGGAGAGGAGCACAGCGGCGGCUGAGAACCAGGCAGAGCCCGUGGACUGGAACUUUGCACAGCGGGAGCUGCUGGAGAAGCAGGGCAUCGAUAUCAAGCUGGAGAUGGAGAAGCGGCUACAAGAUCUGGAGUUCCAGUAUAAGCGAGAGAAAGAGGAAGCGGACCUGACCCUGGAACAGCAGAGACUGUACGGCGACUCGGACAGCGGAGACGACUCCGACAAACGGUCCUGCGAGGAAAGCUGGCGCCUCAUUUCCUCGCUGCGGGAGAAGGUCCCAGCGGGCCGGGUGCAGUGCAUCGUGAGGCGCUGCGGGCUGCCUAGCAGCGGUAAGAGGCGGGAGCCCAUCAGGGUCUACCAGAUUCCCCAGCGCCGGCGGCUAACUAAAGACCCACGGUGGCUGACUCUGGCGGAUUUAAAAAUGCAGGCGGUGAAGGAAAUCUGCUACGAAGUUGCGCUGAACGACUUCAAGCACAGCCGGCAGGAGAUCGAGGCCAUGUCGGUCAUCAAGAUGAAGGAGCUGUGCCGGACCUACGGCAAGCACGACGGCAACGAGAAGGAGUGGGUGAAAGCGGUGGCUCGUGACGUGUGGGACACGGUCGGGGUCGGAGAAGAGGAUGACUGUAAAGGCGGAGUACAGGAUUUGAAGGCGCACAUAGACAAGCUGACGGACAUACUGCAGGAGGUGAAACUGCAGAACAACAUGAAGGACGAGGAGAUCCGGGCCUUACGGGAUAGGAUGAUGAAGAUGGAGCGUGUUAUGCCGGUGACACAGGAUGACGCUGCUGAUGAUUAUUCAGAUGAACAGUCUUUCUCCUGGUGCUUGAAUGAUAAUGAACCCUUGAAUAACGAGCGGGAUGAAGAUUCUCCCGACCAUUCCCAGAAGGAGGAGCCGCGCGUGACGCAGCUUAUGGAGGGUGACCCGACCUUCCGGCGGGGAAGGAUGCGUUGGAUAAAGCAGGAACAGACCAAGAUCCAGAAUCUACAGCAACAGCAGAUAACUCGCUGCCUCCGGCCCCCCGGCACUGGAAAAUUCAUCCCACCGCUGGACUGCAAGCUCCGCUUCCCCUUCAAGAGCAAUCCACAGCACCGCUUCUCCUGGGCGCCGGGGGCUACUUACGUGGUAGAAGAAGUGUCUUGUCCCUGGACAGUGGAAAGAAGGGGCGGGGAAGACGAUGGCGACCGACGGAACGGGCCCCCGCAAAGGCGACGGGGGGAGAAUGACCAUCCCAGGCAGAGAAGAAACUCUCUGGAUGGGGGUUCCAACAGGGGGAGGAGAACCAAUCAUCGCCACAACCGAGACGAAGGUCAAAAGCCUGGGAGAAGAUCGCAAGGCAGGGAAGGCCAUGGUCAGCAAAAACCUCACCAGUCUUCCCCGCAGGAGAGGCCCUACAAGUACCACCCAUAUACCGCCCCUCCGCGAAUGCGUCGGCAGAACUCCGCCCCAGACCUGUGCGACAGGGAGACGCAAGUAUGAAGAUGGAAUGCUCGUGCGUCAGUAAGAAUGAGCGCGGUCGGGACAGAGGAAACCAGUAGGUUGAGAGAGGGUACGAGAAUGUGGACACAUGAAGGACGAAGAAUCGGUUACUACAGUAGAAGAGUUCUGAAGGUUAUCUGGUGGGAUGUGAUGAGGUUUAUUCUGAACAUUUUGAUGCGUAUGGUUUCAUUUUACUCCUAUUAUUUUGUUUUUUUUGUUUAUGAUAUUUUUAUGUUUUUUUGUUCCUGUUUUUACUUUUGGACGUUGAGAAAUUGGUCCAUUGACAAAACCAGCUGCUAUCUGAGGACCACAACACUACAGGAGAUCACUGUCACCCGCCUGGGGCGUAUGGCUUCCUAUCUGGCCUACAAGCCCCGGGGUGUAUAUAUUUACACCCUGCAACCUGAGAUUACUGUACGCACAGAACGUAUACUCUGUGUAUGGGAUAUACGAUUAUCUGUGUGUGUAUAUAUGUGUUUAUAAUUGUGUGUGUGUGUACAGAGGUGUAUUUAUAAAGACGUGAGAUAGAUAUACCUACCUACACACACAGGUAUUUGUAUAACUGCAUAUAUAUAUGUAUACACCGGUGUGUGUGUGUGUGUGUGUGUGUGUGUGUGUGUGUGUGUGUGUGUGUGUGUGUAUAUGUACAUUGGGUGUCACACUGAAGAGGCUUCUGAGCUAUAGGCAAUGUCCGUUCCGGGCCCCGCUGUCGUGUCUCCGCCGCUGGUGUGGGUGGAGAUCACUUGCACUCAUUGAGUAGAUACUUAUAACCCCUUACCUGUGAGUGGCCAAUGCUUCGUGCUGACGAUAUAUCUGCUGCGAUGCUUCUACAGGGUCCUAAGGCCCUCAGUUUGUAAUGAGCGUUGCUGCGGAGCCCCUAGCGAUAACGUUCUGAAGUCUUUUCCCCUUCCCCCAUAUCUUUCCGUGAUCCCGGAACCUUUUUGCUUUCUCCUUACGGCAUUACUUUGACACUAGCAGCGUGUACGGACUUGCACUGCCUGACGCUGCCAGCGUGGAACACUUAUAUAGGACUAUUUAUCUUUUGCGUUAUGUUCUCAGUGUGGGGAUGAUGUGUAAUCACUGUCGGUGGUAAGUGGGCGUUUCCUUACCGUCUGCUCUCUUACGCUUACAUUUAUUGUCACACUACAACGUGGGUUAUGCAGAGAGGAUUCCAUGAAGGUGUGUACAGAUGGGGACACGGUACAGCUGCGGCUCAUACGUGGCUGGGCUGGAUCGUGCGUGCCGUGUUAGCUGGCCCCCGGCUGUCUUCCUAUCACUGAAGAAAAUAAACUGCUCAUUGCUGCACUGUCA